UUUGUUUUUGUUCACAAUGUUUUGUUUUUUUCAAAACAGUGUAUAUUAAGUAACUUACGUUUUUUUGAUGAUGUAAGUGUAUGAUAAGGUGAAUCAAUAACUGGGAACCUAUAGAUGGGUCUGCGAUAAAUUAUUGAAACAAAAUAAUUUCUUUAAGUAGGCUUUAAUUCUUCAGUCAUGAUACAUUUAUAUUAUAGAGAUAUCAGCUCUUCAGAGGCACACUGUGGCUGUUUAUGGCAAACAUACAUACAAACAAUAGAACCAGCAGCUCAAGUCAUCUUUACCAAUAAAGGAAAGCAUUGUUAUUUAUGGGCAGCAAAACUGUGCUCAAUUCUUGAAAAUAAUGAGAGAAUUGUGCUUAACAGAAGAAACUCGCCAAAGAGACCAAAAACCACAGUGUUUAGAAAUAGUCAUGAACUGGAACAUUUUCUAACACAGAUCCAAAAAAUAGAAUCAAUCCAGGAAAAUGGGAGAAAAGUAAAAGAAAUAGCAAAGAAAAGAAGAAGAAAUGGAGUGGGAACACUUACAAAGGAGCUUGAAAACCUCCUAAAUAAAGAAAAGGAAGCAAUAAGAAAAUCACAAGCAGCUUCUCUUAAACAAGCGAUAAUAACCGGAACAUUGAGUAAAAAAAGCAAAAGACAUGCUUAUGGUGAUUUCAUUGGUAAGCCUGGGAAAAGUGGAACUGUGUCAUGGGUGGAAGUUGUACCAGAAAUACAGACUGUAAAACAGACUGUAAAUUAUCCACCCAUCUCCCUAUCAAAAGUCAAUGGUGUUGAAAAUGUCAAGGACAUUUACACUGUAAGACAGCAUUGGAUAGAUCUAGAUAUGCCAGUUGACCAGUUCAAGCUUGGAGUUUUCAUGAUCAUUCUACUGCUAAACAUUCUUGUUGUUGUUGUACUUAUAUUCUGCAGGGGUUCAGAUAGGGCAAAAAAACAAUUUGAAACAAAACGGCCGCCAGGUGACCUAAAUUUAGAUGAUCGAUCAGAACAAGGGAGAAAAAAGAAACCAAUGAGUUCUCCUUUCAGUGCUUUCCUGAAAUCAUGUUCAAAGAAAAUAAACCAAAGAAAGAAAAAGGAAAAUGCCUCAACUAAGUAUUUAGAGCAGAUGAUUGAAGUAAACCCAGAUGUAUAUACAACAAAUAGAAAUGCGCAUUCUAAAGUUAGGGAAAACUCACCAUAUAUAAAUAUUGAAAUGUCUCCUAAAAAGAUAUCUCGAGGUUUAUAUGAAGGUAUUGAUGAAGAGUCUGAAGGUUUACUUGAUAAUACAUAUGAGGAGCCUGUAUCUGUCCGCUCUAAUGACACAGAGAAUCCCAGAGAAUUUCAAAAGAGGAAUUACAGUCGCAGAUUAGACAGUGUUUCAGAAGAUGAGAGUUUGCCACCAUCAAAAUAUUUCACAAGAGAGUCAGACGCCAGUAACAAAUCCGUAUCUUUCUCCUUAUCACCAAAUACUUACCUUACGUUACAGGACAGAAUGCUCGUGCACCCGUCGAGCCGCAGGAAACGCCUUAGAAGAAAGGGAAUAACUAUGCCUUUCAAAAUGACUAAAUGAUUGAAAGAGUGUUUAUGUAUGUAAAUAAAGCUGUCAAAAUUAACAUUACCCUUAGACAAGUGAUAAGUCUGGUAAUCAUCAAAAUUUUAAUAAAAAAUAAUUUUACAUUG